AUGGCACAAGCAAAGGUGUUCAACGUGGGGCAGCUGCUCGAUUUUGAAUGGAAGCUGGGCGUAGCAGUGGAAUCGAACAACUGCAAGAAACUCAACGCGCCCUUCGUGUCCAUCCUCCUCCGGACGCUCGACGAUAACGGCAAGGUGGUCUCUCACGCAUUCGAACUCUCCUUUCCCGAGUUUCAGGAGUUUGCCAAGAACUUCAGGGACAUCUCCAAUCUUAUGGAGAGCCUGUGA